AGCAUGGCUUGGUAGUGUCCUCUUCUUUAGGAAAGAGCUUCUCUUCAUUGCAUACAUCAUGACAGUCUUUAUUGCUGCUCAAGGAAUUAUUAUAUUUAUACUUUAUGUUCUGUUGUCCAAACAAGUAAGGGCUGCAUACUCUAAAUGGUGGAAGGACAAAAAAGCCAACUCCCAGGUCCUCAACAUUUUUACAUCAAAAGCAUCAUUUCCUUUACACUCUCCUAAUCAGACUAAAGACUUUAAAACUCACUCAAAUAGUAAUCAUUAUGAGUCAUCUUUUAAUGAGAAAUCUGAUGCUAUUCUCAAAUCUGUUGCUUCAAUCAAUGAAAUUCCAUCUCCAAUUGCUACACAAGAGUUUAGUCUUGUUUUUGGAAAUAAGGAAUUUCAGGAGAAUGACUCUGAGCAUUGAAAUUAUUAUUAUAUUGUCAUUGCAUUUCUGUCAUCAUUUUAAAAAUAA